UCAGCUUCUGCAGGUGCAAAGCUGCUGCUGAGCAGGAGUAGCCGUUGCAGGGAAGCCGAAGGGAAAAUACACAUUUCAUGAUGGCGUCUGCAAAUGUCACAUAUGGACAGAAGGAGUCUUCAGACCAGAACUUUGACUACAUGUUUAAAAUCCUCAUCAUUGGAAACAGCAGUGUGGGAAAAACCUCCUUCCUCUUCCGCUAUGCAGAUGAUUCAUUCACACCAGCCUUUGUCAGUACUGUUGGCAUUGACUUCAAGGUUAAGACCAUCUACAGAAAUGACAAGAGGAUAAAGCUGCAGAUUUGGGAUACUGCUGGGCAGGAGCGCUACAGGACAAUCACCACAGCAUACUACAGAGGAGCCAUGGGUUUCAUCCUCAUGUAUGACAUUACCAAUGAGGAGUCCUUUAAUGCUGUGCAAGACUGGUCCACCCAGAUCAAGACAUACUCUUGGGACAAUGCCCAGGUCCUUUUGGUGGGGAACAAGUGUGAUAUGGAGGAUGAGCGAGUGGUGGCUGCAGAGAGAGGCCGGCAACUCUCAGAACAACUUGGUUUUGAAUAUUUCGAAACAAGUGCUAAAGACAACAUCAACGUGAAGCAGACCUUUGAGCGACUGGUAGACAUCAUUUGUGAGAGGAUGGCAGAAAGUCUGGAUAACAACGACCCAACUAUCACUGGGGCAAAGCAGGGCCCACAACUCAGUGAGCAGCCCCAGAGGUCUCAUCAAGACUGUGCCUGUUAAACACAACUGGCCACACACAAACCACCCACCACUGUUGGAGGAUUGCUUACUUUUAUUAUUUCAUUCAUGAAUUUUACUGCAGAAACACUGCCAUAUACAGUGCCCACCACAAUUAUUGGCACCCUUGUUUAAGAUGUGGUUGAGGAAUUCUCCUUUUAUUUAAAACAACAUAGAACUUCAAUGGAAACAAUGAGAAAAAUCCAACCUUUUAUUUAAGUACAUUACUUUGGAGUUAAAAAUAAAACACACAUUUAGAAAAUUAAAAGCGUGAAAUCAUAUGUCCCACAAUUAUUGGCACCCCUGACACUUACGCUGAAAAUGUACAUGUAUUUCCUUUGAAUGUAUUUUUCUGUAGUUGCAAAAGUUGGCCUGGGUAUCUAGGAACUUUUAAUAAGUCAUUCAUGACUUCCUAUUUUCCCUGGGAUAUAAUUAUGACGUGACACAGAGGCCUAAUUCUCUUACCCAUUUGUCAGCAUGGCAAAGACAAGAGAACACACCAUUCAAGUAAGGUAGAUGUUUGUUGACCUUCUCAAGUCAGGCAAUGGCUACAAGAAAAUAGCCACUCACCUUAACUUGCCGUAUCUACAGUCAGAGGAAUCAUUAAGACGUUUAAAACAACUGGAACAGUGACAAACAAGGCUGGAAGAGGUCCAAAGUUUAUCUUGCCACAACACACAGUUAGGAGGAUGGUGAGAGAAGUAAAAACAAGUCCUAAGCUCACUUUCACAGAAUUUAAUCAAAAAGUGGAAUAUUGGGGUAAAAAAUUCUCCAAAACAACCAUCAGAUGCUCUCUACAUUUCAACGAGCUGUUUGGGAGGUAUGCAGGGAAAAGCUUUUUCUCACUAACAUUCACAAGCAUAAAUAUCUGGAGUUUGCUAAGCAGCACUGGGACUGCAACUGGGAUGGUGUGCUUUGGUCAGAUGAGACCAAGAUUGAACUUUUUUGCAACAAACACUCUAAGUGGGUUUGGCAUAAAACAAACUAUGAGUAUGCCGAAAACCACCCCAUGCCCACCGUGAAGUAUGGUGGAGGAUCUGUGAUGCUGUGGGCCUGUUUCUCUUCUAAAGGCCUUGGGAACCUUGUUAGGGUGCAUGGCAUUAUGAACGCUUUAAAAUACCAGGACAUCUGAAAUAGAAACCUGAUGCCCUCUGGCCGAAAGCUGAAGAUGGGUCGUCAUUGGGUCUUUCAGCAGGAUAAUGAUCCAAAACAUGUGGCAAGUCUACACAAAAAUGGUUCACUAGUCACAAAAUCAAGGUCUUCCCUUGGUCAUCUCAGUCCCCAGACCUCAACCCAAUUGAAAACCUGUGGGGCGAGCUAAAGAGGAGAGUGCAUAAGAGAGGACCCAGGUCAAUGGAUGAUCUAAAAAGAUUAUGCAAAGAAGAAUGGUCAAAGAUCCCUCUCUCUGUGUUCUCCAAUCUUGUGAAAUGUUAUAGGAGGAGAUUAAGUGCCAUCUUGUUGGCAAAAGGGGAUUGUACAAAGUAUUAACAUCAGGGGUGCCAAAAUUGUGGGACACAUGAUUUCACAUUUUGUAUUUUCUAAAUGUGUGAUUUUAUUGUUACCACCAAAGUAAUGUACUUAAAUAAAAGGUUGGAUUUUUCUCUUUUUUGCAUUUGGGUUCUAUGUUGUUUUAAAAAAAAAAAGAUGAACCACAUCUAAAACGGCUGUAAAUAAUUGUGGAGGGCACUGUAUAGACUGACAUGAGAUUACUUUUUCAAUUUUACACCUCACAUUACCCAGACCUUUGUCGAUAUGAGGCAGUUUUCCCCUUAUUUUCAGUACACUUAUUUUCAAAAUUUUUAUUCCCACUGAAAAUAUCUUUAUUGUGGUGAAUAGACUUUUUUUGGGAGUAGGUCAAGUCUGUUUCUUGGCAUGUGAUAUCAUCUUCAAGUAUUGUGAACUUUCUUAAAGAUAUCCAGGUUUGUUUUUCAAACAGAGUUACUUGGAAGUUUUACUUUCUUUUUUUACUGAAAAGUUGUUCAUGCCAGUUUUCUAGUCAAUGAAAUGAAGCCCCCAUAAGAGAUGUUUAAAUCAAUUAAUUUAACACUGGAUAAUAGUGUUUGAUUAUUGGUCUUGCAAGCGUAGACUCUGGGCCAAUCGAUUUUGGAGUUUUUUGUAUUUAUGUUUAUUUAUUCAUUUAGUUUACUUAUCAUUUUUAAAACAUUUAACUAAAAUAGGAAAUAGAUGUGUAUUUUGAACUAAAUACAAUAUUAUUGUAAAAUGAAAAUAAUAUAAUAAGAAUCAUUUAGGAUAUUGAAUUCCUUCCUGUGCUGUACUGAGAGCUGCAUGUUUGUGUUUUUAACCUGUACUGGUUGACUGGAUUUAUAUUUAUAUGAGGUGUCUGAAUUGAAAACAUGUCUAUCCCACAGUUUAGUACUGUGAAUGAAUGACCAAAUGUGGUCAAAAGUUUCAGAUAUUGAAUCUUUGGUCCCUUCAUUCAAAUCAUACAAUGUGCAACAUACACUCACCAGCAUGUGAUCUCACAUCUUGGACUUCCUGAUCAUCUUCUAGUCUUGUAAAUUAUAGUUCCAUCUUUACUUUUGGUGGAAUAUGUUGAUAUUUUAAGCAUGUUACAUGUCAGAUUGUGAAUAUUACUUCUCUUUCUGAUGCUAAGAUGUGAGACACGUCAGCUCUAUGAUUCAGUGAAAACAUUCUGUUUUUCAUGCUGUCAAAAAUUUGCAGAUGAAUUAAGCAAAAGUAGUUUGCCUAAUUCUUUAUGUUGUAUUAUUUAUCAUUUCAUUUGUUUUUCAAGUAGGUUUCAUAGAUGACUGUCCAAUGUGCAUUGACUGUUUCAAAGAGAUGUUCAAUUGUAUUCAAUAGCUCAAGCUGUCCCAGCUUUUAAAUUUGGAACGUUAGUAUUGUACAGUGCAAAACAUAGGAUGUUUCUUCUAGGCAAAAGUUAAACAACUUGCAUGGACCAAUUAUAUGCACAUAGCUUUUGUGAUAAGUUUGUCUUUUCAUAAAUGUUAUGCCACUGUUAAAACUUUGGGGAAUAAAAGCACAUUGUUCUCAGUAUUUGUAUCUUCAUUUGAAUUUUAGAACAACACACAAGUCAACUUAGGGCUUCUUACACAAGCAUUCAUCUGGGCAUGUGUGAACAGAUUUCAUAGUUGCAGUUUUAAAAAAAGGAAAAAAAGAAACUCAUUAAAGGUACAAAAGAUUGCUUGAUAGACAUUUGUAUUAGGACAGUAAAAUUAAACCUGUGUCGUGUGUUUCCACACUGCAGUAGCUUUAAACUUGGCAAGUGUUUUUGGUUUUAACUGAACUCUGAACUUUUAACUAAGAAAUUGAAUAAUGUUUUGGAUCAUGUUUAAGCUGUCAACUGAAUGUUUUCUUGUCCAGGUUUAUUGUUUGUUUUUGUUUGUUUUCUUGCUACAAUUGUAAAAUUCCUUAGUCUUUGGAACACGUUGAUCCGAUUUAACCCAUUGUAUGUUAGUUGUGUGAAUUGUGCUGUAUUAUCAUAUUAUCAAGUUUACUAAAGUAAAGAACCAAUAAAACAAGGGUAAAAACAC